AUGGAGUCGCAGCAGGAGGCCCGCAGACCCCCUCCUCUGAUCCAGGGAAGACCCGAGGAAGACUUGGGGCCCCGGCUGAUCACAGAAGUCACUCCCCUUAUGUCUGCUGGACCCAAUGGAUUUCUCAUGUGUCAAAGCCAAAGGGGCAGGAAAGUGGCUGAGCCCCUCCUCGUGUCCUGCAGCCGCUGCCCCCCACGGACCGCCCUGUCAUCUGGUCAUUGCCGACAGGGCUGUGGAGGCUGCAGGUGGAACUGGGACUGUAAUGUGCUGGAGCUGGAGCUGACAGGACACACUGAAAUGCUGGGGAAAGGACAAAGUGUAGGAUACCCCAUGGACGCGUCCGGUGAACUCAUACCAAGCUCUUUAGUAUCAGCUCCUGUCUGGACUCUGGUGUGUCUUUAUAAACACUCUGGUGAGGUGCGUGUGGAUGUAUGUGCUGCGUUAGUGGCAGGUCAUGCUCAGAUGCCGGACAGAGGUCAGAGUGUGGAGCCUCGGGGUUUCGGCCGGACGCCCACUGAAGGUCUGUCUGGUUACUGUGCCAUGUACCUGCCUUAUACAGCCUGCAGCAUGGGGUCCAACCAGAGGGGGUACUGCUCUAGGCACGGCACCUCCUUCUACAAGCGCAGCCUCAGCAGCGGCCCUGUGGACAGCACCAGUAAAAAGGGUCUGCUCCAAGGAAAUGUCCCAACAACAGCUCCACCACAGAGUCAGCUGCUCCUGACCCCAGCCAGCCUCCAACUGGCACAACUACAGGCACAACUCACCCUCCAGCGCUUAAAGCUGGCUCAGGGGGGAAGUCCAGCCUCAGCAGCCGUCCUCAAUCAGGUCCUUUCCAGUGUGGCCAUGUCUCAGCCCUUGUUUAAUCACCUACGAACUUCAUCCAUGGUUGGAAACCCUCAGAGCACCUUCACCACUGGGGUCCUUGGAUUUCCUUCCUCCAAUUCCACCUUAAAUGCUUUGGCUGGUGGAGUGUUUUAUCAAAGUUCAAACUCGCUACAUCCAAACCAGCCCAUAAGGGGGGGCACAGGGGCGCAGCAGACAAUGGACUAUGGCAAAAAGACAGGAUCAGCUUACCCAUCUGAUACUGACAGGCGGGCUCAAUACAACAUGACUGGAGGUACAUCUGCUACAGCUAGUACAGACAGGCAGUACUCUCUGGUCAAUACUCAGGUGAAACACUUAGGUAGAGACUUGUAUGGUAAGGAUAUAAAAGGACAACAGGCUGGGUUCAACCUUAAUGAGCAGAAUGUGUACAACUCUGCAGUGCAAAGUGAUCACUGGAAAGGCUCAGUCAGUCACACAGGAAACUGUGAGGCCUCAAACACAAACCCUCUGUGGACAUCAUCUGGACAACCACUCUGCUCCCGACCAGAUCUGUACAACCCAGAGGAGCCCACCUCUGACCCCAAGUUUAACUCCAGUGGGCUACAAGGAUUUGGAGGCUACCAGCCACUACAUGGAAAUGAAGAACUCAAGAUCCUUCAGCCGCAUCAAGUCAGCGAUUAUUACGCCAUCACUCCCUCUCAGCUGCCACAUCAGUGCAGCAUCUGUGACAAGAAGGUCUACAACCUCAAGGACUGGGAGCAGCACGUGAAAGGAAAACUGCACCUCCAAAACAAAACUCAGUACAGCAGUGAGAGCUCGGCCGUGGCAUCGACUGGAGGGGUUCACUACGCUGUCGGCAGACCCUCGGAAGCACCAGUGAACUUGGGACAAACUAACUCUAUGGUCUAUACCACCACAGGUCAAGAUGGAUCCUCAGGGGGCAGUUCUUCAUUCCUACCAGCUGCAACCAUGAAGACGUAUCCUCUCUCAGACACUGGCUUCACUCCUCUACAGCUUGAUCCAAAGUCCUUUCCUCCCAGGAAGGGAGCUGCGGGGAGAGUUGUACACAUUUGUAACCUCCCUGAAGGCAGCUGCACUGAGAAUGAUGUCAUCAACCUGGGACUGCCCUUUGGGAAAGUCACCAAUUACAUCCUCAUGCGGUCCACCCAUCAGGCCUUUCUGGAGAUGGCUUAUGUUGAAGCCGCCCUGGCUAUGGUUCAGUACUACCAGCUCACCCCAGCUAUGAUCAACAAUCAGAAACUGCUGAUUAGAAUGUCCAAAAGAUACAACGAGCUGCAACUUAAAAAACCAGGAAAAGAUGUUGAAACAAUCAUCCACGACAUCACUUCUCAAAGAGAACGAGAGGAGAUACAGGAACAUGAGCACUACGUAUCUGACAGGGCCCGCUCCCGCAGCCCCAUCAGCCGCUCUCUAAGUCCUCACAUCCACAGCCCUGGUUUCACCUGUGAUACCCCUGAGACUUCCCAGGGGGGAGUCUGCAGGGGCGCAGAGCGAGGCACCAAUGGACUGAACAGAAACUCCUGGGAAUGGUCCUCCCUUCCGCCACGGAGGACAGUGGACGAGAGGGUUGACCCAUGGCAGGAUGAGUGCUGUCCAGAUGAAGAUAGGGUAAAUGGAUGGGGUACAGAUAGUCGCAAAUCCUACCGGAAACUUACAGACCACAUGAACUUGAGGUGUGCUGAGGAGCGUGGAGGAACCCGGGACUGGCACCCACAGAGAAUGUCUUACAGGAACGUGGAGGACAGCUACUACACAAAGGAGCAAAUGUACAAGACAGACAAGCCCCUCAGACCACCGUACCAAAGACAUGACCCCAAGUCCAAGAGAAGAGAUGCUGAUUACCACCGGCCCAGGCACUCUGAGCUGGACACAAGCUCUGAGCCACCAAGAGCAGAGGACAAGAGAGGCUCACCAGAGAGAGGGCGGAGCAAAAAGACAUCCAAGAAACACAGCAGCACAGAGAGGCACAGUAAAGAACACACUAUGGAACAGACUGAUCGACAUUCAAAAGAAAAAUCUGCAACACCUCAACACAGUACUCCACAGAAUGAAACCAAUGACUGUGAAAAAAUAGAAUGUGAGAGGAAUGCUGAAAAUACUGAAGACACAGAUGAAGAGUGUUGGUAUCCAAAAAACAUGGAGGAACUGGUGACCGUUGAUGAAGUUGGAGGAGAGGAUGACAUUGUUGAACCAGACCUUCCAGAGCUAGAGGAGUCCCCACACAAGGAGUCAGUGCAUGCAGUACAACAGCAUGAUGUAUCUGCAGAUGAUCAAGGGUCUGUGAAAGAGGCUGGUACUGAAGAAAAGACCAAUGCAGAGGUUGAACCAAAAACAUUUUUAGUGGAUGAAAUGGAAAGUAACAAAAGUACAGUGAGUCCUGAAGAACCUAAACUUCAUACAUCAACAAUGAAAGACUUAAAUUACUCUCAAUGGCAGUUCAAAGCCAUGAUAGAAGAUAAUGACACCACAUAUGGUGAUAUACAAAGGGAAGUAGAAAAUCAUGUUCUUAAUGCAGAGGAAGACAAAGGGCAAGAAACUGAACCUAUACUCAAUGGAGCUCAAAUUCCACAAGAUAUUGAGGCCCUGUUACCAUCUGGUGAGCAAGACAAGGCGGUCAAUGAACAUAGUAUUCCUUUAGGAGUGGAGUUCAUUGUGCCACAGGCUGGUUUUUACUGUAAGCUCUGUAGUCUGUUCUACACCAGUGAGGAGACGGCGAAAGCAGCACACUGUCGCAGUGUGGUGCAUUACAGAAACCUCCAGAAAUACCUGUCACACCUGGCAGAAGAGAGUCUUUUAGGUCAGUUUAGUGGCACUUCUCUCACACAGUGAAACCAGCAGGAAGCACAUAUCUUCUAUUGAAGACAGUCUGUACACCGUGUACAGUGACAGAGCGAAGAUGGAUAUUGUUGAAAUGUGCCAUGGAAGCUGCGACUAAUGGAUUUCAGCGCUGACUUGAGAGUUGGAAUGAAAUGGACACUGCUUUGCAGAGCUGACUGUGUCUGCUAUUUUGUAAAUAACCCACAAUUGGUGAAAUUAAGGCUGUAGCAGUAAUGUGUGAAUUUAAUGUGAUUAAUUUGCUCCUUUAUUUAAAGUUAAAUGGUCCUACAUUAUGCUAGACUGUACAACUUUUAACAAGUAAAUUUUUAUAAUGCAAUUUCUCAAUAUAAAAUUUUAGAUUCUUUUAUUUUAAAGGACUGAAUCACGUUUAGGCAAGAUUUUGUCUUUUGACGAGCACACAUUUGUUUUUGCUUGUUUUCCAUAUACAAUAGGCCAGAAAACAAACUUGAAACACCAAUGCUAAGUUGCCUUAGCUUUCAAGCCUGAAUAAUGCACAUUAGCAUUUCCCCUUGUAAAGAGAAUGUCAAAAAUAAUGACAUUAUAUGAUUAUUAGUAUUUAACACAUUCAGCCUUUAAAACUUGAAUGAGUUGUAUCAUGGUCUAAUAAUGUUCUUCUCAGUUCAAUAACUGAGGCCAGUUUCUCAGGUUUGUGACAUGUUGUGUUUUAAUGCCAGGAUAUGACAGGGAUUAAUGUAUGGGUAUUUUUCAGUUUCAGUAAGAUGGUUGUGCAAUUUGUUUUUUAUUUUGAUUUGUUGUGAAUUAAAUUAAGCUCAGUGUCAAAUACAGUCAAAUGCCUUAAACCUUCAAAACUGGACCAUGUGUGCCAACUAGACUGUAAACUGUGAAUCUAAUAAACCAAAGA